AUGUCGUUCCACACUUCCUGCCAGAACAUCAAGCUCAUCAAGGAGGAAGGUCGCACCAUCCUCCAUGCCGAGGUCCGCCGCCGGAACAACGAGAUGGUCGCAUGCACGUUCCCGCUGGACAGACACAUUGGCAACUACAACGGCGGAUUCCAGUGGGGGGGCCAUGACUUCACCCACAGCGCGCGCGACAUUCAGCUCGAACAAACCGAACGGGGGCCGAGACUGACUGCUUUCCUCAAGGGCCAUGACGGGGAAUGCCGGGAGUUGCAGGGGCUUUACCUUGCGGAUCGGAUCUCCAACCAGGAUGGCAAUCUGGUGAUUGACGGAUUCACUACCUAG